AUGGACGCGGGCGAGGUGCGGCACUGGAACGCGGACGUCAACGGCGUCUCCAUCCACGUUGCCGAGCGUGGCCCCGAGGAUGGGCCGGCGGUGCUCCUCCUCCACGGCUUCCCGGAGCUCUGGCUCUCGUGGCGCCACCAGAUGGCCGCGCUCGCCGCCCGUGGGUUCCGCGCGCUGGCCCCCGACCUCCGCGGCUACGGCGACUCCUCCGCGCCGUCCGACCCCGCCGCCUACUCCAUCUUCCACAUCGUCGGCGACGUCGUCGCGCUUCUUGACCACCUCCAACUCACAAAGGUGUUCGUGGUGGGGCACGACGUGGGCGCGCAGGUGGCGUGGCACCUCUGCCUGUUCCGGCCGGACCGGGUGCGCGCCGCCGUCGUUCUGGGGGUACCGUACUUCGCUCGACACGCUCGCCCGAUCACGGAGGCCUUCGCAGCGUUUGGCGAUGGCUUUUACAUAAACCAGUUCCAGGAGCCUGGAAGAGCCGAAAGCGCAUUCGCUAAUUACGAUGUUGCAACUGUCCUUAAAAAGUUCUAUUCCAUUGAAAUAGAUGUUCUCAGUGCUCCUCCUGGAGUGGAGAUCAUAGACUUUCUCGAGGCAUCUCCCUCACCACUUCCUUGGAUCAGUGAGGAAGAACUGGACCAGUAUGCUGAAAAGUUUCAGAAGUCUGGGUUCACUGGACCCCUCAACUACUACCGUAUGAUGGAGACGAAUUGGAGGCUUCUUGCACCCUGGAACCAAGCCAAGAUUACAGUGCCCGUGAAGUUCAUAGCUGGUGAUAAGGACACCGGUGUCCAGUCCUUUGGGAUUGAGAAGUACAUCAAGAGCGGGGAAUUCAAGUCCAAUGUUCCGGAUCUUGAAGUCACCAUCAUUGAAGGCCACCAUUUUCUCCAGCAAGAGCAGGCCGAGAGGGUGAAUUCGGAGAUAAUUUCCUACCUCGUCAAGUUUACUAGCCAGGCGCCAUCAUCUUGA